CCUGUCCUGCCAGCACUGACCGCUCUGUUCGACCUGUCCUGUCCUGUCCUGCCCUGUCAUGCCGGCACUGACCACUCCAUCCCCCCUGCCCUGUCCUGCCGGCACUGACCAUCCUGUCCCCCGCUGCCACACAUCCAGCCCCGUGCCCAGGAUCCCCCACUCACAGCCGAGCCCCCCGGCCCGGCCCCAGCCGCGGAGCCCCGGGAGCUCAGGGCCGGGCCCAGCCGCCCCCGCAGAGCGCCGGGAGCCCCGGUGCGGGGCCGUGCCAGCGGUGCCUGCGGAUCUCAUCAGCGGUGGGGGCUGCCCGGGAGGACACCGCGGGGGCCGGGGCCGGCCUUGCCGUGCAGGCAGAACGCGUCCGGCGGCGGGAUGGCGGGGAUGGCACUGCCCCUGUGCCUGGUCCUCGCUGCUGCCCUGCAGGGCGGCCUGACCCGCGCCCCGGCGCCCCUGGCCCGCCCCGGCCCCCUGCUCCUGCGGCUGCGGCGCCUGGAGGAGCAGUUUCUCCGGCUGCAGGAGGUGACGCUGAACCAUCUCCAGAGCAUCGCCAGCAACUACAACAUCUCCUACAACAUCGAUGGACGCUUCCAGGCACUGGCGGAGCAGGCGGAGGCGGCUGACGCUGCCCGGGCCGCCCUGGGUGCGGAGCUGGCCCGCCUGGCCGCUGCUGGCCGGCGGCUACGGCGCAGGCUGAGGAGGCUGGAGGGGACAGUGAGUGCCCUGAGCCCCCCGCAGCCCCUGCUCAUCCACCCCCCGGCCGCGCUGGUGGAGGCUGGCACCGACACCGCCCGGAGCCGGGGCAGGCAGCCGGAGCAGCAGCAGCCCCCGGGGCAGCCUGCCCGCAGCACCCCCAGCCCUCGCCCCCCGAAGACACGGCGGGGGCAGCAGCACCGGCAGGACGAAGGGCACCGGCUGCCCGCUGAUGCCGGGCCUGGGGCAGCGCCCGGGGAGGAUGAGGAGAGCCCUGAGGAUGCAGCAGCAGCACCCCCGACCGUGGAAGCGAUGCUCCCCACCACAAGCACGGCUCCCCAGGAGCAGCCCCGAGCCCCCCGGCAGCCGGGACAGGGCAGGCACGGCCCCCCCGCCCCGGUGCCCGCCUCCCCCGCCUGUCGCACCGGGUCGGUCCUGCUCUUCCCCGAGCCCUCCGCUGGGCACGGGGCCGUCCUGGCGCUGGGCCCUCACCGGGGGCUCAGGGCGGUGUCGCUCUGCGCCUGGCUGGCCACGGCAGCCCCUCGCCUCGGGGCUCUCCUUUCGUACGGCACCGGGGACGGGCCCAGCGAGCUGGCCGUGCUAGGCCUCGGUGAGGAUCGCCCCGGCUCCGCACGGUUCAUCCUGGGGCACGGGCAGUUCCGGGAGCUCCCGGCGGCGCCGCUCCUCGAUGGCAAAUGGCACCACCUGUGCCUCACCUGGUCCUCGGGCCAGGGCCGGUACCGAUUCUACGUGGACCGGAGGCUGCUGGCUGCCGGCUCCGGCUUCCAGCAGGGCCAUGGAAUCCCCGCUGGUGGCUCGCUGCUGCUGGGCUGGGGGCAGCACGGCCCCAGCACGGCCCUGGGCACUGCAGAAGCUUUUGUGGGUCACCUGGCUGGGUUCGCUCUCUGGAGAAGGGCUCUCCUGCCCGGGGAGGUGGCCAGGAUGGCGACAGGGCGGGGGCUGCCCCGCGGCCCCCUGCUCACCUUGGCCGAUGCCUCCUUGCGGGGCGGGGUGCGGAGGGUGGCGUGUCCGUGCCUCUGACGAGGCUGGCAGCGGGAAUGGUCACGGCGGGGUCACGGUGCUGCUCCCGGCACAGCUGAACCCUCCCGGGGCGAUGGGACACCCAGCAGGGAGGGGUCUCAGAACAGCCACCACCGAGGGGGGAAAUGGGUCUUGGCAGCCAGAGGGGGAUCAAAGGCAGAGGUCGCCUGCUCCCAGAGGAUGCACAGCCCAUGGCUCCUAUUAAAGCGCUCCUAUCGUUAGAGAAACCCAAUUUAUCUCUGUCCUGCUCAUUCCCUGCCGCGCUCGAUGCCGCUCACAGUCGGGCAGGAGCUGCUCGGUACGGGCAGCCCGAGCGGGUGGUGCUGCUCGUUCCUGCCGCUGAUCGG